AAAGUUGGAGGUGACGUCACUCUGAUUUGUCUAAAUGUGAUAGAUGAGCAGAAUAACUGUGAUGGUACUACGUGGAUGUUUGCUUCAAGACACAAACAAACAACAGUAGAGCUGAUCACACAUGGACAGAUUGUUGAAGAAGCCAAAACUAAAUCAGACAGACUGAGUGUUACAGCGAACUGUUCUCUGCUUAUAAAGAAGCUCACAGUUGAGGAUGUUGGUUUUUAUUACUGUCAACAAUACAAAGUCAAAGAAACACCAUCUAAACACACUCUGGUUCAUCAGUCUCAGGUUCAUCUCUCUGUUAUUACCUUGACUGAACAUAAGGACACUGAUAAGGUGACGUUAAGCUGCUCUGUGGUGACACAUGCAGAGUGUCAUCACACAGUGAAGUGGCUGCUUAAAGGUCAAGCUGUGGACAAAGAGAACAAACAAAUAGUGACCUCACAGACUGACUGCUCCACCACUGUGUCUAUUCUGAAGUAUUAUUAUUUAUACUCAUCACGUCAUAAAAUACUGAAGUGUGAAGUGACUGAUGCUAAAACAGGAAAAGUGCAGCUGUUUACCUUCAGCCAUCAGACCUCAGAUGAUACAACAGCAACAACUGUGGAAAGUGAAAGCACGACAGCAAACAACAAAUCAUCUGCAAAUUCACAACAUGGUGUCCUGUGGUUCAUCAUUCCAGCUGUGGGUUUGGUCUCACUCUUGAUAGUUGUUGUGGUUUUCAUCAGAUGGAAGAGAACUAGAGGAAAUAAAACACAGAUGGAUGAAGAUACUGGACUGAGUUUAAACCCUGCAGAGACUCAGUCUGCUCCUCAAACCAGUCAGGACUCGGUGGAUCCUGAAGUUUCCUACGCUACCAUCAGCUACACCAAGACCAACAAUAAAGUUCAGGUUCGGGGUGAUGAUGAAGGUGAUGCAGUGACCUACAGCACUGUGAAGGCUCAUUCCUCUUCUGCUGCAGCCACUGCUGAUCCCAGCAGCCUCUACUCGACUGUCACUUUUCCACUCACAUAGUUAAAGUUGACAAAAAGGACUCACAUUUAAGUUAAAGACUAAUUUUGUUUUGUGUUUGCAUACAGCAGAUUGGUAGCAACAUGCUAAUUAACGUAAAUGAUUAGAUAGAUGCCACUAUUAUAAAAAAUAUUGGGUUUCAAAUCCAGAAUCAUGUCUUUAUAUCCUCCAUUAAAACUAUGUAACUAAAUGUAAAUAGAAACUUUUUCUUAAUUUUCUUAAUGAAAUCAGACCAGUGUGUUUCCAUAAUGUGAUCCAAGUGUGAAUAUCUAAAUGCAAACAAACCAAAAGCCUUGUAUAGAUAUUAAUGAUAUAGUUAUAUGUUUAUAUUUUAUGAUAUUUCACA